GUGGAGGGAACAAAAUGAAGGGGUGGAUGAGGGUGCCGAAGAUUGAGUUGGGGAAGAGGACUAGGACGGAGAUCGAGAGGUUGGUCAGGAGAGAUGCGGUGUGGAACCCGAAUAACGUCGAGCCAUCGCAGCAGGCGAGAGCGAAGAUGAUUGAGGCAGUAGUGGGCCUGGGAUUUAGGAGAAGUCAUGUCGAGGAAGCGGCGGAGCUGUGUAAGGAUCGUGAAGAAUGCCUGGAAUGGCUGUUGAUUCACGUCCCGGAAGAUGAUCUCCCUAGCUGGAGUCUUCCCGAAGGCUAUGUUGCGGGUAUCAGCAUGGCGAGUGGCAAUCUGAAACGAGAGGCUGCUCUGAAGCGACUUGCGACGGCAGGAUACGCGGUCGAGAUGUGUGAAGCCGCAUACGAUGGUCAGGGCGGCGAUGAGGCGAAAGCAGCAGCUGUGUUGCAGAACCACCUCUUGCAGAACACUGACGUGGACGAUGAUCUGGCAGAACAUCUUUCAAAGAUAGAACUCGAAGAAGCGGACGAUUAUGGACCGGAUCCAUGGGAAGAAGAGCAAGAAUCGCUUGCAGCCAUCUACGACACCAAAUACGAAGCCCCGUCACCAGACACAUGUCGAAUACAACUCGAAUGCGAGCAGAAAUCUGGGAAGAAAAUAGUUCUUCAAGCCCGAAAAGCAAUAGGCUAUCCACAUGCUCUGCCUACAAUCACGAUUCAGGCACAGCUACCAGCCUACAUACGCCUCAGCAUAAUAAGGCGGGUCUUGAUAUAUGCCAGCUCAAAUCUAAUGGGCACUCAGAUGCUGUUCGAUCUGGUGGAUUGGUUGGAGCGAGAGAUUCCCGGUAUUAUCGAGCGGCCAGGUAGACUGUCCGAUGUGUCUUCUGGAUUAUCCGCCGCCGAUAGUGGUGCACAUACCAAACAAGUUCGGCAAAAGCAAAACAGAAAUAGGCCUCGAAAGCCUAUACAUUGGCGCCUAGGCACGCCGACAAGUGUUCGAAUGCUAGAACAGUGGCAAAAGAAACAAGGUAUGCCUGCUCAGGAACGGAUGAUGGCGGCUCGGCGAUCACUACCGGCGUGGGAGCUCCGGGAAGACAUUGUUGAAGCUGUGGAAUACAACCAGGUUGUCAUCAUCUCCGGUGAGACGGGUUCUGGAAAAUCAACGCAGUCUGUCCAAUUCAUCCUGGACGAUUUGAUCAAGCGGAAACUUGGCGAAGCUGUCAACAUAAUCUGUACCCAGCCGAGGAGGAUAUCAGCCUUAGGUCUUGCGGACAGAGUGGCAGACGAACGAUGCUCCAUUGUUGGGGAUGAAGUUGGAUAUACUAUUCGGGGAGAAUCUAAAGGGAAGCCAGGUGUCACGAAGAUCACUUUCGUUACUACUGGUGUUCUACUACGAAGACUACAAACAUCCGGGGGCAGUCCGGACGAUGUCGUUGCGGCUCUGGCGGAUGUCAGUCAUGUCGUAGUCGAUGAAGUCCAUGAACGUAGUCUCGAUACUGAUUUUUUGCUGGUCUUACUAAGAGAUAUACUGCAUCGGAGGAAAGACCUCAAGGUCAUUCUGAUGAGUGCGACGCUCGAUGCCGAUGUUUUCGAGAGAUACUUCGCCGGUGUCGGAUCUGUUGGAAGGGUCGAGAUUCAAGGACGCACGCAUCCCGUCCAGGACUUCUACGUCGACGAUGUCGUGCGGAUGACAGGUUUUGCAGGCCAUAGAGAUGACGACUACGAGGAUGAGGACGAGUCGGCGAAGUCUAUGGCGGGUGCGCUCAAGAACGUGGGCAUGAGGAUUAAUUACGAUCUCAUUGCAAACACCGUAAAGCAUAUAGACGCUCAGCUGAGUGGUCAAGAUGGCGGGAUUCUGAUCUUUCUACCUGGAACUAUGGAGAUUGAUCGGACUAUUCAGGCCCUCCGCAACAUACCGAAUCUUCAUGCUCUUCCACUUCACGCAUCACUUCUUCCAGUCGAGCAAAAGAGAGUAUUCCCACCUCCACCUCAUGGCAAACGGAAAGUGGUUUGCGCCACUAAUGUUGCCGAAACGUCCAUCACUAUCGAAGACAUUGUUGCAGUCAUUGACACGGGUCGCGUGAAAGAAACAAGUUUCGAUCCGCAGAACAACAUGGUCAAGCUCGGUGAGGUUUGGGCCUCCAGAGCAGCAUGUAAGCAGCGUCGUGGUCGAGCUGGCAGAGUUCGGGCUGGUAUAUGCUACAAGCUAUACACACGCAACGCAGAGAUGAUGAAGAUGAUGGAGCGGCCUGAGCCCGAGAUCCGACGGGUACCUCUUGAGCAACUCUGUCUCUCUGUGAGAGCAAUGGGCGUAGCAGACGUCCCAGCAUUCCUUGCCGGAGCGCUCACACCACCAGACAGCACUGCCGUUGAAGGCGCUAUCGACCUUCUCCGUCGUAUGGGAGCUCUUGAUGGUGAAGAUCUGACAGCUCUAGGUCGUCAUCUCGCUAUGAUUCCCGCCGACCUCCGGUGCAGCAAGCUCCUUGUCUACGGCGCCACCUUCGGCUGCCUCGAAGCCUCUCUAACCAUCGCCUCUAUCCUUACCCUGCGCAGCCCCUUCCUCUCCCCUAAGGACAAACGUGACGAAGCCAAGGCAGCCCGUGCUCCCUUCUCUCAGGGCCAAGGCGACCUAAUCGGCGAUCUCCGCGCCUACGAGCAAUGGGCUAGCAUGCGCUCUAAAGGCGUUUCUCCACGUGAACUCCGCUUUUGGUGCGAUGAGAACUUCCUCUCCACCCAAACGCUCUUCGACAUCACCUCGAACCGCUCGCAAUACCUCUCCGCACUCAAAGAAACCGACUUUCUCCCACACAACUACUUCUCCUCUCCCGAAAACAACAGCAAAACAGCCUACAACGCCUACAACACCUCCACCCCCCUCCUCCGCGCCCUCAUCGCGGGCUCCUUCCAGCCUCAGAUCGCUCGCAUCGAGCUCCCCGACACUAAGUUUGCCGCCUCGGUCUCCGGCGCCGUGGCGCUGGAUCCUGAGUCCCGCGCCAUCAAGUUCUUCACCCAAGACGCUGGGCGCGUUUUCAUACACCCCAGCUCCACUCUCUUCGGUGCGCAGACCUUCCCGGGCGAUUCGCGCUUCCUGUCCUAUUUCUCGAAGAUGGCAACCAGUAAGGUGUUUAUCAGGGAGUGCUCGCCGUGUAACAACCUCUCCAUGCUGCUGUUCGGCGGCAAGCUGGAGGUCGAUACAGCUGGCAGGGGCGUGGUGGUUGAUGAGUGGGUUAGACUGAGGGGCUGGGCUAGGAUUGGAGUGUUGAUUAGUCGGUUGAGGGGGAUGUUGGAUCAGGUUCUGGCGAAGAAGAUUGAUGAGCCGGGGAUGAAUGUGGGCGGGGAGGAAGUGGUGGGGUUGGUGAGAAGGCUUGUGGAGUUUGAUGGGUUGGAUAGGUAGGUGGUGGGUAUUGGGAUGAGUAGAAUAGAUGUAAAGUCUUGAAUAGAGCUUUCAGUCAAGAUCAAGAUGUUUUGGCGGCACUUCGUAAGCUCAUGAUAAUAUUCAAAUUUUUA